AUGGUUGGGACUUUUCACCAGAGAGAGGACCACAGCUUAACUUUUUGCCCUCCACUCCUGAAGAACUCACCACAAGACAGACUCGAGGGAGCAAGAGGAAAGAGAAAGAGGUUAGUAAAGUGCUCAGAGUUUUCAAAGUCUAUUGGAUCUGGUUUGACUAAAAGUAAAUUAUCUGAACCUGCUCCAUCCAAAAAUGCCGGGAGUAAGAGAAGAAGAUCAGACACAACAGGUCAAGGUGAUAUAACUAAACAGAGUCAAGGUCAGCAGAGGUCAGAUAGCGCUGAUGCAGUUCUGAAUACUAGGAAUUGUGACCCUAAACAACAUGUUAAUGACAAAAGGUUGAAGGGUUGCCAGCGUCUUCUGGAGGAGAUUGAGACAGCUGAAAUGAAAUCAUCAACCUCAGAAAUAUCCAGCAAAUCUAAAGAUGAUGUCAGAACAGUGGAUAGAGAAAAAUGUAAGGAGCAGUCACACCAGUGUCAGAGUAGGAUCACCAGGUCCCAGCAGAAUAUGUCAAGAAUUGAUAAAGAAUGUAACUCUGAAGGGUCAAAACACGGUGAAGCUGAUAACCACAACUUACUGCAGUAUCUUGCUAAUGAAUCAUGUGGUGCUAUGGAAACAGAACUUCUUGACCAAUCAUCAAGCUAUGAAAAGUCACAUGAUACAAAUAUUCAUAACAUGGUUUAUAAUAAUGAAAGUUCUGAUGAUGAAAAUGACGUGGAAAUGACAUAUAGAAAUGUUUGUUUAGAAGACGAGUGUGAAGAGGAAAAUGUUGUUGAGUGGGGACCAGUUGCAGUUGGUAAAGAUUUGAUUUCAUUAGGAAAAGAAGCAAAGCUAUUGAAAGAUAAAUUACUUCAGGGAGACACAGUGACAUGUGGUAGUCUCAUCAAAGAUGGUAUUUGUAAACCAGAGGAAGGCGAUAAUGGCAAAACCAGUUCUGAUGUUAAACUAAACAAUGGGGAUAAUACUCUAGGAAUUCAGGAUGAUCUAUUGACAGUUAAUUCUGAUAUGGACACAGCCACAUCUACAGUUACUGGGGAAAAGGAAAGAUCAGAAUUUAGACCAAAGAAAAAUCCUUUGUUCAAAAGAAAACAGAAAACAGAAGAUGAAAUAGACGAAGUUACACAGUUGUCUGGUACUAGCCUUGAGCACAGUCCGAAUGGUAUCUUCAACAGCCAUGUUCCUGAUAUAAAACACACUUAUAGCAGCAAGCAAAAUUCUAAACUGGAUAAAGAUAGAAUGGUUAAAAAAUGGCUAAAAUCCUCAUCUUACAAAGCAGGGAAAGUUUCAGAUGAUCACAGUAUGCUGGAGGCUGAAAGUGAAAGGAUGAUGCAGGUAACUAAUAUAAAUAAGGAAAACCAGAGAGUCGAGGGUGAUUCCAUAAUUAAAGCUGUAGAUCAAUCCACUCAAGAUCUUGUCAUUCAGGAGGAAUUAAAACCUGUAGUUAACACCAGGAGAAAGAUAUUCAAAACAAAACUAGAUCAACAGUCAAACACGGCUAUGACAGUUCAACAAGUAAAGGGGAACGGAAAAUUUGUUGUACGUAAGGUGUCGCCAGUUCGAAUAGAACCAGAUUUGGAGAAGAAAAUCCCCUCGGACAUUAAAUCUGGAGAUAAGAUUGGGGACUCCCAAGGUAGUGAUCCUUAUGAGUUUAAACCAAGUCAGAGGACUCCGAAGACAAAUAAAGGGAAGAAAAAGGUUGUGAGAAAAAAGAAUGAAAAGAAAUGUCACAAAAAUGCAAUUGAUAUCAAAAUAGGAGACAGUACAGUAGACAAUAAAAAGGAAGAAGAUGGGACAAAAGCUCAUAGAAAGGAAGAGAAACAGGAGUCAAGGUCAAGGACAGAGGAUGAAAUUGAAGGCAGUAAUCUGUGUAGGCGAAGAGGAAAGACCAGCAGUACAAAAUCAGUGGACAUGCUACAGCAAAGAACAGAAGACGUUGAGAAAAUUAUCGCCGAUUUGACUCAGGCAGAGGAAUAUGAUUUCAUCACUUGUACACAGGAGGCUAAAGAUCAGAUUACAGAAUUUGAAGACAAAAUUCCACGCAUUGGAGAGGAAAAACCUUGUGAUAUGGACACAAGUAAUUUAGAUGAGGUAAGGAAAAAAUGUGAUAAGUCAGUCACGAAAACAUGGGUUGGAAUGGAAGCAGCACAGGAGGAGAUAGAUAUCAAAAUGGGAACGAUUGAUAAUCCCAAACGUACCAUGAAGAAGGAGAAAACUAUUGCAACCAUGCAGAAAGAUCUGGAAAUUGAAAGAAGAAGUUGUGAUGGUUCAGAAGCUGCUUCAAGUAAUGUUGGCAUAAUAGCAGAUACAUGGGAAAGGAAAGAUCCUGAUGUGGAAAAUCAAGAAGUUCUGUCUACAAAAUCUGCAGCGGACAGCAUUGAAAUAAUCCCAGAUACAGAAACACUGACUAUGAAACACUCUGAAGCCGAUGAACCUGUACUGAAUACACAGUUGGAGGAUUUUUCUGGCAGUCGAGGUUCAAUUCCACUAGUGUUGUCAUGCCAGGCUGUAAUGACUGAAGAAGUGCAGAGUUUAUGUGAUUAUGUUGUUGAAAAGAAAAUAAACAAAAAUCUAGAUAGAAAAUCUAGGAAGUUAUGUCAGGACAAAAGUGACAAUAAUAAAAUAUCUUGUUUACAAAGCCAGGUUGAGGACAGAGCAGAUGUGAAUACAGAUGACACAGAAUGUGCGAGUUUUGUAAGUGAUGCAUCCUGUAUUCCCAAUACUGAAGAUAGUAUCAUGUCCAGACGUACAAGGAAAUUCCGGAGCAAUCUGAGGAAUAGGAAGUCUGUAUCAUUUAUCGACAAAGUUCAGAACAUUCCUGUUCAGGUGCAUCCUAAUACACUGGAGCAGAUGGGGACAGACACUAGAAGACAGAUGUCAUCAGGAAUUGAAACCAAAGACAACUCUCAUGAUCAUUUGGAGAGAGUCACAAGAGGGCGAAGGUCACCAGGAAAAGAAACCAUAGGUCAUCCUCCUGGCCUUUUGAAGAGAGUCACUAGAGGGCAAAGGUCACCAGGAAAAGAAUCCCAGGGCCAGUUAGAGGGAGUAACCAGAGGGGAAAGGUCAUCACAGAAUGAUAAAAGAGAGGAAGCUUUCCCACAAAUGAGAUUACUCUUACGUGGUGAUGGAAGUCAAAAGGCCGCCACUACAAAUCAGACCAUUGACCUCUGUACAGACGAUCAGGGAGAAAAUCUCGUCCAUGAGUCCAACAGAGAACAAUUACCAGAAAGCAUGGAGGAAGAUGUAACUGACUCCUGUAUGGCUGAUGUUAUACCUGAAACAGUAGAUGAUAGUUCAUUUAACGACAGACAGAAAUCUCUUAGGGUAGUACAGGCCCAGCUACAUUCUACCUCAUUCCAGAAAAAUGUGGAGGUGAAAAAACAGGUUGUACGGACAUUUGACCCAGAACAGGAAAUGUGCACAGAAACGUUGGAAGACAAAAUAGAAACAGAUGUUGAUGCUAUUUAUCCAUGUGAUGAAAUUGUAGAUGAUUCAGCUUGUACCCAGCCUCCUUCUGGUGACCUUCAGAUAGGGAAUGACUUAAAUGUCAAUAUGACAACAUGCUCAGCUACUGGCAAAGAUAGAAGAGGAAAAAGGACCAGAAAAACACGUAACUCUUGUAAGACUCUCCAAAAGAAACCAUCAGUAGUUGUCAUGGAAACUCAGACAAGUGGAAAUAUGUCCAGUGAUAGUGUUACACUGGAGACACAGGAAAGUGUUUCACUUCUUAUUGCCAAUGAUAGGAAAAGAACAGAGGAACCCGAUAAUUUACUACUAGACAACGUUAAACGUGACUUAGCAGACAAGCCAUCAAGCCCAACAGAAAACGAAAGGAUUGAGGAUGUUCAGAUCAUGCCAAAAAGAAAUAAACCAAAACGAUUAAGUCCGAGAAUGACAUCUCAAUAUGUCUCGUCAAUAUCCUUAACUCCUCCAUCCAUAGCAGUAGACAGUGGUUUGAAAAAGAGGCUUAGUCAUCCAGACAAAAAACCAAGAUCAGGGGUCACUGCUGCGGGGUCAAAGGUCACUUGUGGACAAGAUAGCGUCACAAGUUCAGAAUCAAUAGUUAUUCCUGCAACAGAUGGAGCUUCUAGAGAUAUAACACAGGUAAUUCAUAUAAGUGAAGUGGAGAAUGAAGUACCAAAUACAGAAGAGAAAAAUGAUUUGAAAAACAUAUCGAUAGAUAUUUCUUCAGGAAACAGUAACCUGUCAGAUGUGAUCAGUGAAAAAGGAGGUUUAAAGUCAAGAAAAUUUCAAAUGAAUUCAAAGUCACUUUCAAAGUCUUUACAGAGGGGUGGCAAUAAGGAUGAAUUCAAAGUGGACUGGCACAAAGGAACACCAUCACAGGAACUACAAACUGUGUUAUGUCAGGAUCAUCAGGGAACUAAAGGUGAUAGGAAAAGUAUUGGGCAGGGAAUGGAUCAAAGUCGGGAAGAUAAUCAAGAGAAAAUGGCAAAGGAAAAAGAGAAACCAUCAGAAAGUGACACUGAAUGUAAAGUUAUUCAAGAAGCUGAUGAGGAUCAGGACGAACUUACUCCAACCUUGAAGCCCAUUGAAAAAAGUCACAAUCGUAAAUGUAUCUCUAGACAGACUUGUUCGCCAGAGGACAUAUUUAUGAUGGACUCGGAAGCAAUUGUAGGUAUCCAUGAUUCCAGUGUCGUACAGAAUCAGGAAGGAUUAAUGGAUAUGGAAGAUUUUCAGUCACUGGACAGCUCACAGUCUCAAAAUACAGAGAAAAAGGAUUUCAGUGAUCAGGACGAUAGUGCUCACAGUGAUAUGGAAACAAGUCUGUCAAAGUCCAUAGAAGAUUUAGAAGAAUGUGCUGAAAACGACAAUGAAGUGAGGGUGACAGAAAUAUGUGGGAUGAAAGAAAGCAAAUCAGAAAGCACUGAAGAAAAGAUGAAAAGUGAGUUGACUAAUGAUGUUGAAACCAACGGAAAUCAGAAAAGAAAUGGUGAAAACGGGAUGUGCAACAAUGAUAGUGAUCCUGACUCCGAUCUGAGUCAGAGUCGACAGACCAGGCGAACUGGGGUGCGGUGUGUGCGAGGAUUGGCUACCAGAAAACGACAGUUGGAAUGUCAGGCUGGAUCUUGUCACUCAAGUUCUAUAGUUUCUGCAGAAAGAAUUUCUCUGAAAUCGGAAGGACAUUCUUCUACUCACCAACAAAAUAGUGAAAAGAAUGUUAAAGAAUUAUCUGAAAAUGUUGAUUUAGAAAAUGAAGAGAACUCUUCUAAACUACUGAGUGUUGGUGAAAGUAUAUCAGAAAAUAUGAACACUAUCAGAUUAAAAGAAAAAUUUAAGAAGACGUUCAAAAAACGUUCAAGUAGAAAUCAAUCUGUGAAUAAAAAGAUUGGUUUUACUAGGCCUAGUGAUAACGAAAUUGAUCUACAGGGAGAAACGGCUUCACAUAUCUCAGAGGGAAGUGAAACAGAGGGAAGUGUAAAAGAGGAAAAUGAUUUAAAGGGAGAUAAAUUCGUUGGAACUGCAGAACAAAGAUCUGAAUUGCGUACAGAACAAAGAUCUGAGUCGGACAAUGUUGUACCUGAUUCAUUUCCAUGUAGUGGAAAAACAUUAAAAGAUCUCAGUUCAUCUGGGCAGAGUUGCAGAAGUCCUACCAUAGUCCAACCCAGUGUGCUGCAGAGAAAUACCAACAGUAUAGAAAUUGGAGAUCCAGUAGAAAUGUCAAUAUCUAAAAGAAGUCCAGAAGGUAAGACUGAGUUUGUGACAGAUGAGUCUCCCAGCAGUGAUAUGCGACGUCGACGUGUUGUAGGCUAUAGAAGGAGACGACCAGUGAUUGAGGAGAGCAGCGAUGAUAUGUGUGAUGCCAGUUCGCCACUACCAGAUGUUGUCAUAUGUAAAGGUCAACAGACAAGUAAGGACAAGAAUUCAGUCCGUCAAGUUGUCCUGGAUAAUGAGAUAAAGAACAGAAUGGACGAAAUUGAUGAGGAGAGCAAUAAGAAGAUGUGCAAUGAUAACAAGGAAACUACUGUCAUCGCUGAUAGUGAUGAAGAUGGAAAUAACGGUUACAGUUCGUCUGAGGACAGUGAUUCCAGUCGACGCCUCAACCUCACCUCAUCAUCAGCAUUCUCCAGUCAGAGUGAGGCUAUGACAACACAGAACAGAAAAGCCUUAGAAAAGGACUUGGAGAGGAUGAAAAGGGAAAUCGCUGAACUGGAAAAACAGCUUGCCAACACUCCUGGAAACCAGUCCCUUUCUAACAGCAGGAAGACGUCCAAGAAAGGGGAAGUAUCUGAGGAUUCUGACAGUGAUCUUGUUUUGGAAGUCAACAGAGAUGACGAGCAUGACCAAUCUGAAGCUGACCAACACAAUGAUGUGAUUGACUUGGCAACAAGUUCGUCUGGCUUCAAACUAUCCCAGGGGAGCAGAUCAAAAGAAAACCGAACUGUUGACUCAGAUGAGAGUGAUGAACUCUUUCUGAGUCCUCUACCUCCUUCACCUCCCCCAACGCCCUUACAACCUGCAAAAAGGUCAUCUGUUCAGCUUCCAGAUCACAUAAUACAAACUACAGAAUUUUUGAGUCAUUUUCGCAAGACAGCGUCCGACAUUUUGCCAAAUAGUCAGGGAAGUGUUAGAUCUGAUCGUGGUACAAAGAAAAAAACAAUUUUCUCAAAAGAAACCGCUGAGACAUCACAAACACAGAAAGAGAUGGAGCAUUUCACCAGAUUGUCAAGUCAAGGUGGUGAUACUGAUCAGCUGAAGAAGGAGGUGACUUCACCAAAGUUUGAGUCAUCAGAGUUAGCAGGUGGUACUUACACAGUCUCUGCUUUGGAGGAGAAUAUCAGCCAACAGGGUCAACACAGAGCAUUUGUUACCACAGGCCUGACUUUCCUACAGAUGAGAGAGAUCCAGAAGUUGGCUCAGCAGAAUAAGAUCAGAUUCUUUGUGAAAUUCAACUCUGCUGUCACACAUGUUAUCGUUAAAACAGUGCGUCCUGGUCAGAGAGUCUGUGAAAGGACGUUGAAAUUCUUUCAGGGUGUGGCUCAUCAGUGUUGGGUGUUAGAUUAUCAGUGGGUUGCUGACAGCAAGGCUGCUGGACAACUUCUGCCAGAGGACAAGUAUGAGAUUGUUGGCGACACCAUUACGGGAAAUUGUCACUAUGGUCCACGACAGUCACGCCUUAGCACUCAUCCACUCUUGAACGGGUUUCACUUUUUCUGUCUCGGUACAAGUGACAGCUUGACGACUGAGAAUUUGCAGGAUCUGAUUGAAAGGUGUGGUGGUGCAGUGGUAGAUCACCCUUCAGCCUUUCCUCCUGAUUCCAAACUUAACUUAGCUGUCACAUGUGUUGACCUUGAAGAUGAAGAUGAUCUGCCAUCAAAAGAAGAUAUGAGAUCUUUCAAUAAGUUAUACAAGAAAUUUGGUCUCUUGACUGUGUCCAGAGAGUGGAUACUGGAUACUUUGACUGUCUACACUGUUCAGCCACUGAUGGAUUAUUAUCACCUGCUGAUAGGCUUCCAGCAAAGUUCAGCUCAGCUUGCUGUGUUGAAGACAAGUCUGAUUAUGGGAGCAAAGUUCUGCUCAGCCUGCUGUGUUAAAGCCAAGUCUGAUUAUUGA